AGCUGUUCGAGCAGUCAUGCAUCUCACCGAAAAUCGUUUGCACACUCACACAACCAACAACAAUGAUGAUGACUCUCUCCUCUUCGAUGCCUGUGCUGCUCGCCGCCACCCUCACUGCCUUGCUUGGCGGUGUGGUGGGGGUGCCGUGCCCUGAGAAUGCCAUCUUCGUGCACGACGGCAUGUGCGCGUGCCGCCCGGAGCUGCAGUGUCUGGGCGGUAAGUGCUCCUCGCCGCCACGGACCAUGCAGAUCAAGUUCUCCGAGGCGCUAUUGACCAAUGCGAAAGCGGGUGCUAUCAGCAGCGAGGCACGCGAGGCUGUCGCCGUGCACGCGUUCCCAGCAGACUGCCUGGACUGCCUGUGCGCUCCGCUCACGGCAACCAAGGGCGAUCACGAGCGCUUGCUCAAGGAACUGGAGCCGUCGUUCGCCGUCGUGUCCUACCGCGGCAGCCACGCGCCUGUGCGCGACUUUCACGACCCAGCCUUCACAGCCAUGUGCUGGCCGUACUUUAAAUCAUCCCCAUCAGCUGCUGACAACAGCAACAGUGCAGGUCGCCCGAGCAUCCUUGAUGAGCUUGCUCCCACCUCCGUCUCUGCAGUGCGAUGGCUACACGUUCCAAUGGCAGGAGACUUCAUGCAGGCUGUGUUGCGGCAGCAGGCAUGCCGACCACCUCAGCACACGCAGCCGUCCGGGAACACACGCCACCCCGUCCACUCUUGCUCUUCGUGCUUCCAAUCCUGUGUCAAUAGUGAAUGCAACGACGGCGAUGAGGAUGCAAAAUGCCCAACCCAGUUCCUCGGUGCUGUGGACGGCGCUGAAGACUUUACCGGCCUCACCAACGCCACGCACGCGGCCACCGUAGCCGUGUUCCGCCAUCCUCGCCAACGGCUCCUUGCUGCCUACAACGAAGACAGGCUGGUGCCCGGCAUGUCGGAUGCCGAACACGCGCGCAUGGCGCAAGUAACGCAGACAUUGGAGAGCUUUGCCAACUUCCCAGGCGUUGCCGGGUGCCAGACACGCAUGGCCGUUGGCAUGCCGUGCGGCGUGCACGUGCAGCGGCUUGAGCGCUGGCUGCCGCGGGCCAAGGCAAACGUCGUCACCAAUCUCCCCUUUGUCGGCAUCCACGAGCACCCAAACGCAACCGCGUGCCUCUUCCACCGCAUGUUUGGCGUUCGCAUGCACAUGGCGGAGCUGGAGGCCUUCACGGACAACCAGUACAGCCGCAGCAGCAGCAGCAGUAGUGACACUGGCGAUGCUGAUACCACACACGAGGCAUCCUCCGCAAGGACCAAAGAUGCACAACCGAACAAAGGAGCAAAGGAACUUCACCCUGCACCGCCGUACACGCAAGUGGCAUUUGAUGCGCCUGCGGAGAAGCAGGUGCUGCCGGCAUCGGAAUGGCGCGUGUUGAACGAGCACCACGACCAGGAGGACGAGCGGCUCUAUCACGCAGCCGUUGGCGCGUUCAACCAACUCCUGUCCGACCACGGCUUCAAGCCCGUGGCCUCAGCCAUCAUCGACAAGUAACAAGUAGCAAGUAAUGAGAAACAAGUAGCCGAAGUAACAAGUAACAAGGGUAGCGGUUGUUUGGUUUGUGGAGGCGGGGGAGGGGGGUUGAGGUU